AUGAGCCACGAAAACACCAUGCCACCACACGUUCUGCGGAAUGUCCUUGAUGCCUGUAUUAUUGGUUCUGGCCCAGCGGGGUUAUCGGCUGCUCUAAGUCUUGGGAGAGUUCUUAGAAGUGCUGUUGUUUUUGAUUCAGGCGAGUACAGGUACCAAACUGGGGCUACCACGCACGCCACCUAUGAUCACGACAACCCAGCCUUGAUAAGAAAUGGGAUGAAGGCAGAACUGCACAGAAAAUACAAAACGAUCACUUUUGCCACAGCUGAAGCCAUGGAGAUUCGAGAGAUUGGUUCAAUAUUUCAAGUGGAAGAUGGAACAGGCCGCUUGUGGAAAGGAAGGAAAGUGAUUCUGGCAACCGGGUCUUCUGACAUUUUUCCCGAUAUCCCUGGUUAUAUGGAUUCUUGGGAAAAAGGAAUUUUCAACUGUCUCCACCGUCGCGGGUUUGAAGAAUCAGGCACCCCAGUCGCAGCCAUCCUGACCACCUCUACCUCCGAAGCCAUCUUACACGAUGCAAUUACCUCUUUUAAGCUGGCGAACCAAUUUUCAAGAAGCGUAUGGAUAUUGACUAAUGGUCUUACGCAUUUGCAUUUUGACGACGCAGUAAAAGAAGCCGAGAUUCUGAGGCUCAAGGUCGAUGACAGAAAGAUUAAAAAACUAAGUCCUGCGGGACACAGCACUAGUUCCUUGAUGGAGGUAGAAUUUGAGGAUGGAUCGAUAUCAACUUUUGGAUUCAUAUUCCACAAAAAUGAGACAACAACUCGAGGGGGUUUUGCAAACGAUCUUGGGUUGAAAACUACUUCAUCAGGUGAAAUCAUUACCGCCGGUCCGAUGCAAGAGACGAGCAAGCGAGGCGUGUACGCGGCAGGGGACUGUGCUACACCUGUCAAAGAGGUUGCAGUCGCCAUAGGGACGGGCGCUGCUGCUGGAUAUGGAGUUAAUGCUCAGAUCCUUGAAGAUGACUACACGAACAGCUGGUGA